AUGGAGGAUAAUAAUAGCAUAGGACCGUAUGAUUCAUCUGUUUUACAUCUUCAAGCUAGCCAUCGAUCUGAGUUGGUCUGGCAAACUGGAUACAUCGACCCCUCACAUUACAGACGUCGAGAGGCUACUAUUAGUAGGGUGACACGUCCAGAUCCUCGUAUAGAUCCAUAUCUACGACAAAUAGGAUUUUAUGGUGUGUCACGUUUGAAUUUUAUACAGUUGGACUGUCAUUUGAUCACAGCUUUGGUGGAGCGCUGGCGACAAGAGACGCACACAUUUCACUUGUCGCAUGGAGAGUGUACCGUCACAUUACCGGAUUUCGCCAUCAAAUUUGAACUACCUAUAGACAGGAAAGCUCUUAUUGGAUCAUUUCAGCAUACUUGGAGGGAUGUGUGUACUGAAUUAAUAGGAGUUACACCAGGAGAAAGAGAUUUAGUUGGUGAUCGUCUUAGCUUACCAUGGUUGGCAAACCAGUUUGAUGAUUUUGCCCAUCUACCAGAUGAUGUUGAUGAUGUAGCUCUACAACGUUAUGCUAGCGCAUACAUUCUUACCAUUAUUAGAGGUAUUGUAUUUUCAGAUAGGUUGAAUAGUAGAGUCCACUUGAUGUACCUACCUCUACUAGCAGAUUUUGGUAUAGCUGAACAGUACAGUUGGGGUGCGAGUUGCCUUGCAUGGCUUUAUAGACAGUUAUGCAAAGCUGUAGCUAUAGAUGCACAAGAUAUAGCAGGACCAGUUAUAUUACUACAAAUUUGGGCAUGA